AUGAAGUUCACCCUCGCUUCCACCCUCCUCCCCCUCCUGGCCGCCGCUGCCCCCGCCCAGCAGCGCGACUCCAACUCUUCUACUCCCUCUACCUUCGGCAUCAUGUCCGCCCGCUCUGGCUCCCCCAUCCACCUCCUCCCUUUGAACGCCAACAGCGGUGGUUUCUACCUGGGCGGAAACACCUCUUCUUACUGCCCUAUCUCUUCCGGCUGCCCCGCUGGUACUGAGACCGUUUUUGCUGGUGAUGGCUCUUCUUUGGACGUCGAAGUCCCCGGCGGCCAACAAGUCUACGUCGCCCCCAGCGGUGCCCUGACCUUCACCGUCCCCCACUCGGCCUACAUCCCCGCGGGCUCUUCCACCGGCCCCUUCAAGUACACCCCCGGCAAGCCCUUCGGCACCUGGACUUUCACCGGUGCCGGUGCCACGGGCUUCAUGGCUUGCCCGGACGAGGGUAACAAGUGGCAGGUGUUCGCUGCUACUAAGAAUGCUACCGUGCCUAGUGGCAAUGUUCAGGAUUGUCUGGGCUUUGAUGCCCUGGCUGUUGCUACUAAUGGUUCGGUUGCUGCUUGGGAGUACAUUUAA